CGGGGCUCAGCGCCGCGGCGCGGGGCGCCUCGCGCGCGGGGACCCCGGGGUCGCCGAGUUUCCCUCUCCGGGGGCGGGCGGGGCAGCCAUGCUCCUGUCGCGGGGUGAACCCCCGGCGCUGGAAUGGUUCAUGGUGCAGACGAAAUCGAAGCCUCGGGUGCAGCGGCAGCGCCUACAAGUGCAACGCGUCUUCAGGGUCAAGCUGAACGCCUUUCAGAGCCGUCCCGACACCCCCUACUUCUGGCUGCAGCUCGAGGGGCCCCGGGAGAACACGAGCAAAGCCAAGGAGUAUCUCAAGGGCCUGUGCAGCCCAGAGCUGUGGAAGGAGGUCCGCUACCCGCCGAUGCUACAUUGUGCCUUCCUCGGCGCCCAGGGCCUCUUUUUGGAUUGCCUCUGCUGGAGUACCCUGGCCUAUCUGGUGCCUGGUCCUCCUGGCUCUCUGAUGGUAGGCGGGCUCACCGAGUCUUUCACCAUGACCCAGAACUGGCUGGAGGAGUUAGUGGCACGGCUGCGCUGGGGCCCUGCCCCUCUGCUGACCCCCCGGGGAAUCUGGGAGGCUGAGGUGUCCCGGGCCUUUGGGGCCCUGGUGUGGAUCCGUAGUGACCAGUACGCAGGGGACCUGUUGCAGUUACCCCCAGCCGUUCAGGAGCUGCUGCUGAGCCUGGUGCGGGAUGCUGCAGGCAAGGAGGACAUCAUUGAGUGGCUCAGCCACUUCGGCAUCUCCAACACCCGCUCUGGCCCAGAGGUCCUGAUCAGCCCUCCCCAGCAGCAAAAGGAAGACUCGGCUGUUGUGUCCAUGGGAGGGAGUCCUGGGUCCAUCCUUGAGAUGGGGACCCUCCAGAUUGGAGGCCCAGAAAAUCCAAAGAGAGUAAGCAGCCUGAGAGCCACCAAGUCCCUGAUCCCAGUCCAGAACACUCAGCAGAAGACAGCAAACCAGCUGGUACGGGUUGGUGACAACAACCAAGGUGGUACGAACAGUGUUCAAGAGGAAGGGCUGAUACAAGCCACCAGCAGCCAGGACUCUGUGAACCGCAUGCCAGCCUUGUUGCAUCAAAAGCAGGUCCACAAGGUAGAAGAGAAAUUCCUCUUCCAGCCUUCGGUAUCAGCUCUGGGUAUGUGUCCGUCCUGGAAGGGCUGGGCCCCGGGGCCAGCCUUUGGGCCCUUGCGGCCAGGGACUAUUGCUGCAGCCUUUUGGAGGAUCAAUGAACUGCAUUCUCUGCACCUGGCCUGGCUUUUGUCUCAGGCGUGCUUCAGUCUCCCAUUCUGGCAGAGGCCACUGGGCCCCAUUCAGCUGAAGCUGCCAGGGCAGAGUGCUUUGCCCUUAAAUCUAGAAUGGAAGCAAAAGGAGCUGUCUCCUUUGCCUUGUGCAGAAGGCCCAGCUUGUAGACCAGAUGGGGAACUGGGAGGAGAGACAAGUCUACAGAAUUGCCCAAGACCAGAGACACCCCCAAAAGUCGUGAGUUUAUUGGUGGUCCCGGGAGGCUCCGGUGCAAAGGACAAGGUUAGCCCAGGACUUCCACGUAUAGGCCUACCUUUGGCCUCAACAGCCCAAGCUGGAGAUAAGCGAGGGAACCAAGGGGGCAUGCGGCCGGAUUAUGAGUGGCUAGAAAAAGGGCCCUCUCCAGCGCCACCCACAGAACAGGAGGCACCUACAGCUCAAGGAAGGCCCAUGGCUCAAGAGGGGCUGACAGCCCAGUCAGCACCUGAAGUUCGGACAGUGCCUGAAACUCUCAAAGUGCCCAUGGCUGCAGCAGUGCCCAAGGCUGAAAACCCACCCAUAACUCAAAGGCAGCCUGCAGCUCCCAAAGUGCCUACAUCCCAAAUGAUGCUGGCAAUGAGCACAGAGCCUGCAGCAACCCAAGUGCCUGCUGCCACAAAGCCUGCUGCCCAGGUAGUGUCCACAGCUCGAAAAGCCACAGUGGAUCAACCAGCAUCAGCAUCAGCAGCUCAAGAGACGUCUGCAACUCCAAAAACUGUCAUGGCUCAGAAGAUGCCCGCAGCCACAACAUCGCCUGCAAAUCCCCAAAUACUCCAAGCUCACGCUGGGCCUGUGACUAAAAUGGGAUGUGCAGCUCCUAAAAUAUCUGCAGCCCCCAAAGAAUCUGCAGCUCCUAAAACGUCUGCAGUGCCCAAAGCACCUGGAGCUUCUAAAGCCUCCAGACCUCCCAAAACAUCUGCAGCCCAGAAGGUACCCCCAGGUGAAGGGCCGACCUUGGAUGUAGCCAGACUUCUGAGUGAGGUUCAGCCUUUGUCAAGAGGUGAUGGCUCCUUACCAAAGGGCCAGGGGGAGCCUGGAAGGCAGGGUGCCCAGCCCAGCAGCACCUUGGCCCUCAGCAAUCAGCACCAGUUCCGGGUGGAGGGACUCCUGGGGGAUUGGAAGGGGGGCCCAAGGCAGUCACCUCGCCACCCACAGGCAAAUAGCACGGUGACCAGCUUCCAGAGGUACCACGAGGCCCUGAACACACCCUUUGAGCUGAACUUGUCAGGAGAACCUGGGAACCAGGAAUUGCGCAGAGUGGUCAUCGAUGGCAGCAGCGUGGCCAUGGUGCAUGGCCUCCAGCAUUUCUUCUCCUGCCGAGGCAUUGCCAUGGCGGUGCAGUAUUUCUGGAACCGGGGACACCGAGAGGUCACUGUGUUUGUACCCACCUGGCAGCUGAAGAAGAACCGAAGGGUGAGAGAGAGCCACUUUCUGACGAAGCUCCACUCGCUCAAGAUGCUUUCGAUUACCCCCUCCCAGCUGGAGAACGGCAAGAAGAUUGCCACUUAUGAUUAUAGGUUCAUGGUAAAGCUGGCAGAGGAGACAGACGGCAUCAUUGUUACCAACGAGCAGAUUCACACCCUGAUGAAUAAUUCUAAGAAACUCACGGUCAAAGAUCGCCUGCUGCCCUUCACGUUUGCGGGGAAUCUCUUCAUGGUACCAGAUGACCCCCUGGGCCGUGAUGGCCCCACCUUGGAUGAGUUUCUGAAGAAGCCAAACAGGUUGGACACAGACGUUGGCAACUUCCUGAAGGUAUGGAAGACCCUUCCACCCAGCUCAGCCAGCAUCUCUGAACUGAAUGGUGAUCCUGACCCCAGGCCCUUGGAGCGCCCACAGGAUGUGGAAGAAGUCAGGGAGGAGAAGGAGGAAAAGCAAAAUGAAGAGUGCAGAGAGGGGCAGGAAACGCCACAGUGGGCCGAGGAGGACGACCUGGACUCUUCCCUAGCAUCAGUGUUCGGGGUUGAGUGCCCCUCCCUUUCUGAGGAAAUCCUGCAGUGCCUGAGCCUCCACGACCCCCCUGACGGGGCCCUGGACAUUGACCUCCUGCCAGGGGUGGCCUCUCCCUACCUGGGCAUCCCCUGGGAUGGGAAGGCUCCCUGCCAGCAGGUUCUUGCGCAGCUGGCCCAGCUCACCACCCCCAGCAACUUCACCGUGCUUUCCUUCUUUGUGGGGUUCAUGGACUCCCACCGGGAUGUCAUCCCUGACUAUGAAGGCCUCAUGGGCCCUCUGCACAGCCUCCUCAAGCAGAAGCCAGACUGGCAGUGGGACCAGGAGCAUGAGAAGGCCUUCCUGUCCCUGAAGCGAGCCCUGGUGUCCGCCCUCUGUCUGACGGCCCCCAAUUCCCAGCUGCCCUUCCGCCUGCAGGUGACAGUGAGCCAGGUGGCACUGACAGCCAUCCUCUACCAGGAGCACUCAGGGAGGAAGCAUCCCAUCGCCUAUACCUCGAAGCCCCUACUCCCGGAUGAGGACAGUGAGGGCCCCCAGUCAGGCGGGGACAGCCCCUACGCUGUGGCCUGGGCCCUCAAGCAUUUUUCCCGCUGCAUCGGAGAUGCUCCAGUGGUCCUGGACCUUUCCUAUGCUUCCCGGACCGCUGUGGCUCCUGAGGCACCGGAGGGCCGCCGGGUUUCCAAAGCGUGGUUGAUCCGAUGGUCCCUUUUGGUACAGGACAGAGGCAAGAGAACCCUGGAACUGGCCCUUCUCCAGGGCCUGCUGAGGGAAAACCGACUGCUGACACCUGCUUCCUCGAUGCCUCGUUUCUUCCAGGUUCUGCCUCCCUUUUCUGACCUGUCCACUUUUGUCUGCAUCCACAUGUCGGGCUACUGCUUUUACCGUGAGGAUGAGUGGUGCGCUGGUUUUGGCCUCUAUGUCCUGUCUCCCACCAGUGCCCCUGUCUCCCUCUCCUUCUCCUGCUCCCCUCACACCCCGACCUAUGCUCACCUGGCAGCCGUGGCCUGUGGCCUGGAGCGGUUUGGCCAGUCUCACCUCCCUGUGGUCUUCCUCACACACUGCAACUGGAUCUUCAGCCUCCUCUGGGAGCUCUUGCCCCUCUGGAGGGCCCGGGGCUUCCUGUCCUCAGAUGGGGCUCCACUACCUCACCCCGGCCUGCUCUCCUACAUUAUAUCCCUCACCUCUGGCCUUCCAUCCCUUCCGUUCAUCUACAGAACCUCCUACCGGGGCUCUCUGUUCGCUGUGACAGUGGAUAACCUGGCCAAGCAGGGUGCCCAAGGGGGUGGGCAGUGGUGGAAUUUGCCAAAAGAUGUGCCAGUCCCCGUCGUGACUCCCCAUGCCACGGGCAAGAGGCCCAACUUGCUGGCAUUGCAGCUGAGUGACAGCACCCUGGCGGAUAUCAUUGCCAAGCUUCGUGCGGGGCAGAAGUUGCCUGGCUCCUCCCCCUUCAGUUCUGCCUUUAACUCACUCAGCCUUGAUAAGGAGAGUGGGCUGCUUAUGUUCAAGGGAGAUAAAAAGCCCAAGGUCUGGGUAGUCCCGAGGCAACUCCGGAGGGAUUUGAUUUUCUCUGUGCACGACAUCCCCAUGGGAGCCCACCAGCGGCCAGAGGAGACCUACAAGAAAUUGCGGGUGCUGGGAUGGUGGCCUGGGAUGCAGGAGCAUGUGAAAGAUUACUGCAGGAGCUGUCUGUUCUGCAUCCCCCGGAAUCUCACAGGCAGUGAGUUAAAGGUCAUCGAGUCCCCAUGGCCCCUCAGAUCGACUGCCCCCUGGUCGAACCUGCAGAUAGAGGUGGUGGGUCCGGUCACCACAAGCGAGGAGGGCCACAGGCAUGUGCUCAUCGUGGCUGACCCCAACACCCGGUGGGUGGAGGCAUUCCCACUGAAGCCCUACACGCACAUGGCCGUGGCCCAGGUGCUGCUUCAGCAUGUGUUUGCACGCUGGGGUGUUCCAAUGAGGUUGGAGGCGGCCCAGGGCCCCCAGUUUGCCCGGCAUGUCCUGGUGAGCUGUGGGUUGGCCCUGGGAGCACAGGUGACCUGCCUGAGUAGGGACUUGCAGUUCCCCUGCCUAGUGAGCUCAGAGGCCUACUGGGAAUUCAAGAGGGCCCUAAAGGAGUUCAUCUUCCUGCAUGGCAAGAAGUGGGCAUCCUCCCUGCCCCUGUUGCACCUGGCCUUCAGGGCCUCCUCCACAGUGGCCACGCCGUUCCGGGUUCUGACAGGAGGGGAAGGGAGGCUGACUGAGCCCCUGUGGUGGGAGAUGAGCAGUGCAAACAUUGAAGGGCUCAAGAUGGAUGUCUUCCUGCUGCAGCUGAUUAGGGAGCUGCUGGAGCUCCACUGGAAGGUGGCUGAAAAAGGCGCUGAGAAGGCCGACAACAGGCGCUUCAAGCAGGAGAGCCAGGAGAAGGAGUGGAACGUGGGUGACCAGGUCCUUUUGCUGUCCCUCCCCAGGAAUGGCAGCAGUGCCAAAUGGGUGGGUCCCUUCUAUAUCGGGGACCGGCUGAGUUUCUCUUUCUACAGGGUGUGGGGCUUCCCAACCCCAGAGAAGCUGGGGUGCAUCUAUCCCAGCAGUUUGAUGAAGGCCUUCGCCAAGAGUGGUACGCCCCUGUCCUUUAAGGACUUGGAGCAAUGAGCUGGAGCGGUGGGGGAGCCCCCUGUCCAGGAAGUCCUGGGUUUCUGCUGCUAGUCCUCCACCUGUCCCCUGCAGUGCUCUUGGCCCUUUGGGGCCCUCUGUUGUGCCUUGUGUAGAGAAGUUGCUUCCUAAAGCUUUGCUGAGUUGCCUUGAACUAGGGACCAGUGUCCCCAUGAAAGUAGCCCCACUUUGGGGUAUCUGGAGAAUUUGCCACAGGCUGUCAAGUGUGUGCCUCUGGUGAUUUUACACUGGGGAGUAGAAGCUCUCCUUACUAAAGUAGGCCAGGCUCAGAAUCUUUCCCCAGGUAUCUUCUUCCCCCUUCACACACAUGUAGGUGUGUGGUGUUUUGUGCCCCCCAUCUUAUUCCUGGCUGUCUUAACCAUGAAAUAGUGACACUCGGGACUCACAAUUGGAACCAUAGUCCUCUCCCAAACAGGAACCUUGAAUGUGGGUUACACUCCCUUCAACCUGUGCCCCUGGGGAACCUCUGCCCUUGGAGUUGUCACUGACACAAACCCACAUGAGCAGUGGGAAGGAAGCCAGCUCCUUCGCCUCACAGCCAGCUUUCUUAGGCUGAGCUUGGGCUCCCCUGCUGUCCAGGAAGGGCUGGCAGUCCUCCUGGGCCUCGAGGGCAGUAGCUCAGAGGGGAGGAUGGCCAGCCUCAAGCCAGCCACUUCUUAGCACAGGAAAGACAGGGUGGGAUAAGUUGGUCUACCUCACUUGACUCCAGCUGAUGGAGAUGACACCUGACCCCUAUUUUGAUGGUGUCAGCUGCAUAGGGAUUAAGGAUCUUGAUGCCAAGUGUGGCAUCUCUACUGGAAGAGCUGCUUCUACUAGACCAAGGAGCCUUGGCCUCUGUUUUAAGGCUUCAGAAAUGAGCAGUCUGGCAUAUAGCCAGGUACAGGUAUUUCUUUUCUUCCCAAUCCUGCCCAACCCCAUCCCAAAGCCCACAGCCUUCCUCUUUUUGCUUCCACUGGCCCCUGUAUCCUUAGACACUAUGUAGUGUGAUUGCUUUGUUUGGAGCCCCCUCCAACCCUCUGGUCCUCUGAGCCCCUGGCUCCCUGCAGAGAUCACUCUUAGUGAGCUCCCAUGGGUGUGUGUGUGUGUGUGUGUGUGUGUGUGUGUGUGUGUGUGUAUGCUAACAGUCCUCUGCAUUGGGGCUGCUGCUGAACAGCCAGUCUCCAGGUGAGGGUGUGCAAUGUGUCCCUGUCUCAGCCUCUGAGUUGUUUCAUUUCUUCAGAAGCUGAGCCAGGAGAGACCUUGGCAUCAAGCCCAACUUGCUUGUUAUACAACAGAGGAAAGAGGCCCAGAGAGAGUGACUUGGUCAUAGUCACACAGCUAGUUGGUGGCUGAGUUGGGACCAGGAUUAAGCAUACUAACUCCUAGUUCACUGUGACAAGGGUUCUGGUCACAGGUUCAAGCGAGAGAAUCCUUCAAAAUUCUAUAUCCAUACUCUCCGUUACCCAUUGUGUCAUUUUCCCACUCGUGUAGAUGAACUACCUGGAUGUUGUCCUUAAACCCAUCCUAGUUGUUAAUCCUAUCCAGGAAUGAAUGGGUGGCAGUGGAGAAGCUGAAAAGGUUGCCAGUAGGAUUUUCAGCACAUACUCCUCGUUGUCCCUCGCCUUGCCCCUUCUCUUCCUCCAAUUCCUAGUGGCAUUUCCAGCCUCACUGUCCCAGCCUUGCGCUGUAUGCUUUCUCCCUCUUAGCUACAACUUUGAUCCUAUGCCUUUUUCUUAAGUGAAUUUUGUUUUCAUUUUGUCAAUAAACGAAUUAAACCAGAA